GCAGGGGGUUGGACUAGAUAACCUCCUGAGGUCCCUUCCAACCCUAAUAUUCUAUGAUCAACACCCACCUCCCCUGCUUUCCCCAGGCAUGUACACCAGUUUCCCUUCUCCCCUGCCUAUCCUACUGAAUAGAUCUGGAGAGCAGGAUUAGUGAUAAUUCUCUGCCCUUAUUUUUCAGAACUCAACAUUCACAUCAGCAGAGCCUGGCACAGGGAAUCUUCUCCCUCUGAGAAACCCCCAAAGAAUUACCCUUUGUCAAAAUGGCAGCUCUCCUCCACUGCUCUCAACCAUAUUGCCUCCAGGGCAGGCUGUGAACUGAGGACAAUGGCAGACAGUGGCCGUUUUGCCAACGGGCAGUUUUUAGUGAGUUUUUCUGAAGACAUCCCAUCUUGAUUUAAGAAAUUGUCAAUGAUGGGGAAUCCACCUGGUAAACAGUUCCCAUGGUUAAUUGCUGUCAUGGUUAACAAUUUACGCCUUUUCUCCAGUCUGAAAUCCUACAUAUUUCUUUUCAAAAGCUACUCUUUGCACCGGAUCUGCUCCAGAUUCAUCUCCCUGCCAAUUUUUGCCUAGAUAGACAAUGGCUAAGAUAAGAUCAAAAAGGACCUCAAAAAAAAAAUGAUGCCAAAUGCUAACUUUCUAAAGGCCCACUUUUAAAUCCAUUUUCCACUCCUAAAAUAAUAGAUUGAUUUGUAAAUUCUUGCAGAAUUCGGCCUCCACUCGGAGUGAGUGCUGUAAUUUAGCGGGGAUAGGCUGUGUUCUCUAGACAUAAUGAACAAGCUGAAUCCUUGCUUUAAGAACACAGUUCACUCAGCUUUAACUAUGGAUCCAUGACUGGCACCUCCAGAACUCUUUAGAUAGAAGGUGUCCCAGCAUGCCUGGCUCCUUUAAGGGGAGAUGGGCCCAGCCCACCUGUGACUAAUAAGUUACCUCCUCGCAGGCUGUGGGGCCAGGGCAUCAGGUGAUAGCUUGAAAAGCACCUGGUCUUUAUAUAGGCCAGCAAGAGCUCAGUCGAGAGUGGCUGGGAGCCUGAUGCUUGCAGGAAUUGCUGUGGUCAGGGAAAGAACCCAGCGGUCAGGAGCCUGGCCGAAACUGGCAACGCCCCCAGGUGCCACCCCCUGACCGCGGAGCCCGGCUGCCAUGAGAUGCUUCCCAAAGCGCUUGCUCGCUACUGCCCUGACGCUCCUGGGUCUGCUCCUGCUCCUCAGCCUCUGCCUGCAGCGCCCGGAGGACCCACUGGUGGAAGAGGUGAAGCGCUGGGCCCAGGAAAUGGUGCUGCAGCAACUCCAACCCGAGGGGAACCUGCGCAGCUUCCAGGAGCUGUGGAACGCCUCUGCCUCCAGGAACGUCUCCUAUCGCUACCUAGCCGGCUACCCCCCCUCUAGGAAGAGGUUCCUCACUGUGGGGCUGUCAUCCGUCAAGCGGAAGCGAGGCAACUACCUCCUGGAUACGCUGAAGUCCAUCUUCAAGCAGUCAACCCAGGAGGAGCUGGAGGAGAUGGUGGUGGUGGUGCACCUGGCUGACCCGGACUCGGAGUGGAACACCCAGGUGGUGACAGACAUUACCGCAAGAUUCACUCCCCACCUCCUCCGGGGCCAACUGCUGGUUAUCCAUGCCCCUCCGGAGUGCUACCCGCCCCUGGAAGGCCUGAAGAGGAACUACAAUGAUGCUGAGGAUCGAGUGCAGUUCAGAUCCAAGCAGAACGUGGACUAUGCGUAUCUCCUCAGCUUUGCUGCCAACCUUUCCUCCUACUACCUCAUGAUUGAGGAUGACGUGCAGUGCUCCAAGUCCUUCUUCACUACCAUCAGGAAGGCAGUGGCAUCCCAGGAAGGCUCCUACUGGGUCACGCUGGAGUUCUCCAAGCUGGGCUACAUUGGCAAACUCUACCACUCCAGCGACCUGCCCCAGCUGGCCCAGUUCCUGCUGCUGUUCUACCAGGAAAUGCCGUGUGACUGGCUGCUGGGGCACUUCCGCCUGCUGCUCACCCAGAAGGAGGUGAUUCGCUUCAAGCCAUCCCUCUUCCAGCACAUCGGCCUGUACUCCUCCUUCCAGGGGGCGGUCAACCGGCUGAAAGACAACGACUUCGAGGCAGAUUCCUUGGACCUGCCUGAUAACCCCCCAGCUUUUAUGUUCACAGACAUAGAGACCUUUGAGAACUACCUGCCCAGCAAGGCCUACAGCACGAUGCCGGAGUACUUCUGGGGGAAAUCCCCGUCUGCCGGCAGCCACUUCACCAUCGUGUUCCACCAGCCUGCCCGUAUCUCACGGCUCCAGGUCCACACCGGCUCUGAGGAGCGCCACACCGACUAUCUCCACUCAGGGACUGUGGAGCUGGGCAGCCAGCGGCAGGGGAAAGGCAAGGGCUGCUCUACAUACACCCACGUCGGAGCCUUUGAGAAGGGACACUUUGAACGGAGUGGCUUGGAGAACAGCACGGCUGCCGCCCCGGAGUGCGUGCGGAUCCUAGUGACAGAGAGUCAGAGCGAAUGGCUGAUCAUUCGCAGCAUCAGCAUCUGGACCAAAGCAAACAGCUAAGGGGGGUGCAGGGGACAGAGGCACGGCUGGUGACCCACAUGCCAGGGAGCUGGCCUCCCUUCUCAGGGGCAAGCAAGCAGUUUGGAGGUGUCUGAGGGGCAAUGGAGUGUGGUGGCACUGCCCCUCUCAGGCAAUGGCACCCUGCAGGGGAGGCGCAGUGAGGGCCUAGUGGGGAAGGAAGAUGGGGCACUGAGGGUCAGGGCAGUGGCACAGCAGGAUCCUGGUAGCAUGGCAAGAUUGUGCAUUAGGACAAGAAAUGGGAGCUAAUGCAGCACAUUGAUACUCUGGCCUUUCAGGGUGCCCUAUGUCCUUGGGCACUAAUUGCCGGUGUAUAGGAGAGCCUGGCCCCGCAGAGCUGACUGACUUCUUUGAACUGCUUCCUGUGGGGGCCGUGCAGUCAGAACCAGGCCCGGGUAAGCAUCCCGCUGGGUCAGGCCCCAGGAGCAAGACCUGAAAUGGUGCUUGCAGCAGACUGCUGGGGCUCUGGAGAGGUCAGGAGAGCCAUCAGUGCCCGGCUCGGGGCAGGUUCGGGGCAUUGUCUACUGGGGAGCUCUAGCCCAGACGUGGGCAAAACCAAUGCCCCAGCGUGUGAGGCUGCUCCCAGGGCAGAGGCAGCCACGUGGGAAACCUUGGCUCAGGAUCCUACUGCUCACGGCCGACCUGCUCUACCCCGACAGUUUAGAACUGGGAGUCCAACUUCUCCAGCCUGACGGCUAAAAUGCUGUACCCCAAAUGCCAGGGGGCUACACUCACGGUCGGAGGGGCAGGUUAUUAAUCACAUUCAUUACAGCAGUGCCUAGGGACCAGCCAAAAUCAGGGCCUGAUAGUGGGAGGUGCUGUGCAAACACGGAGUGGCAGACAAUCCCUGCCCUCAAGCGCUUACAGUCUAACUAGCCAAGCCAGCCCCCUUCUCGCUCCUGACUUCUUCUGAAACCACAUUGAAACCCUAGAAGCAAGGCUCUGUGUGGCCCCUGGCACCACGGGGCGAAACCCAGGGGCAAGAAGUCCGUUCUGUGGCAGUGUUCAUCUAGUGUAUCCACUGUUAGGUUCCAGCCUUUGACAAUCGCGAGAUUGUAAAAAUCUCAUGACUUUUAAGC